AUGUUUCUGGCAGAGAGAAAUGUAUCUUCUGAGGCCACUUUCACAUUCUUGGGCUUUUCAGACUAUCCGGAACUGCAGGUUCCCUUCUUCGUGGUAUUUCUGGCAGUGUACAGUUUCAGUGUAGUCGGGAAUCUCGGAAUGAUUAUGAUCAUCAAAAUUAACCCCAAACUGCACACUCCCAUGUAUUUUUUCCUCAGCCACCUCUCAUUUGUGGAUUUCUGCUAUUCCUCCGUCAUUGCUCCCAAGAUGUUGCUGAACCUAGUUGUGGCAGACAGAACCAUUUCAUUCUCAGGGCGUAUGGUGCAUUUCUUUUUCUUUUGCACUUUUGUGGUCACUGAAUUGAUUCUAUUUGCUGUGAUGGUCUAUGAUCGUUUCGUGGCCAUUUGCAACCCUCUGCUCUACACAGUUGCCAUGUCCCAGAAACUCUGUGCCAUGCUGGUGGUGGUAUCAUUUGUCUGGGGAGUGGCAUGCUCCUUGACACUCAUGUGCUCUGCUUUGAAAUUAUCUUUUCAGGGCUUCAAUACAAUCAAUCACUUCUUCUGUGAGUUAUCGUCUCUGAUGUCCGUAUCUUGCUCUGAUUCUUAUCUCACCCAGAUACUUCUUUUCAUUGUUGCCACAUUUAAUGAAAUAAUCACACUGCUCAUCAUUCUCACGUCUUAUAUGUUCAUCGUUAUCACAGCGCUGAAGAUGCAUUCAGCUAGGGGGUAUCGCAAAGCCUUCUCCACCUGUGCCUCCCACCUGACCACCAUCACCAUCUUCCACGGGACCAUCCUCUUCCUCUACUGUACACCCAAUAGCCAA